AAGAACAUCAAACCGAGGCUGGAAAACAGCGAAGAUGCGAGCAAUAUGGCGGGUGUUGAACCAGACGAGAGGAGAUCCUACACAGACUUGAGAGAGAAGCUUAACAGUACGCCUCAUAGAAAGCAACAUUUGGAAAAUAGGAAGCGAAGACGCGAACAAAUUUCUGGUUCGCAUCGUCAGCAUUCAACGCACGAGAGACCGUAUGAUAGGGACGUUGAGUUGCAAAAAGUUCAUCAAGGAAUUCGUCAGCGAAUUUUGUUCGACAAGGAAGAAUGCGAAAAAAUUGAAGAAAAAAUCGAUGAAAUUGUUGAGCUUGCAGAUAGUGGGACCUACAGGAGCCGAACAGUUGAUAGGGCUCCUUUGCGAGUCAAGUAUUUCUUCGGUGAGGGCUACACAUACGGGAAACAGUUAACCGAACGAGGUCCUGGUCAAGAGAGACUUUUUCCGCGAGGAGAAGUGGACGAAAUACCCGAGUGGAUUUUCGAGUUGGUUAUUUCUCGCCUCGAGAAGGCUGGAAUUGUGCCUAAAGGUUUUGUAAACAGUGCUGUAAUAAACGAUUAUCAGCCUGGGGGUUGUAUAGUUUCGCACAUCGAUCCUCCGCAUAUCUUUGAUCGACCUAUUGUGUCUUGCUCGUUUUUUAGCGAGUCUUCCUUGAGUUUUGGCUGCAAAUUCUCGUUUAAACCCAUCCGUACCUCAACGCCAGUUUUAACCCUUCCUCUUCCCCGCGGCUGUGUUACUACUUUAAGGUGAGUUACGGCUUAUUUGCAUCAAUAUUUUUACAAGCGUUUGUAUCUAUCUUAUAUUCCAUGCAGUUAGUUUGAGUAACAUUAGUUUGCAACGUUUAUUCAGCUUAAGCUUAACUUUUACUUGUUCUUCAGGCGAAUCCAUUCGAAUGAGAUUCAGAUUCUAUUGAGAUAAAUAAGUAAACCAAUUUGAAGUCGUCAGGUCGCCAGCCUUGAAUUUACAUGUAGCUCGUGAAAAUUAUUCAGUAUUUUUUUUUAAUAUUUUGGUAUUUCGGUGGAGAAGCCAGCAUUGGUGUUAAAUAUCAAUUAAAGUGGAUGAUUUAGUUUGAUGUCAGAACAUAAGCACAAGAGUAAAAUUUUUCAUAUUCUUUGUUGGAAAUAGCAUAAUAAAACGGGAAGAAGUAGCCCUAAGAAAAAGGAUGAGGGAGGCAACAGGCCACCCUUUAAGCGACAGUUCUGGAGAAGAGAAAUUCUCCUACAGCUGUAGUUCUGUGUUUUUGGAGGAUGAUCUUUCCAGGACAGUUUCUGGACCUGCAUCAUGGUGUGUCUGUAUCCUUGUGUAUAAGUACAGGGAUGUAACUAAGAGCCUGCUAGAAAAGAUCUUUGUUCUGGCUCAAAUUGCUCUGUAACACAAGGCAAUGAGAGGAUUGUUUAUGUGCAGUUGAGAAAAAAAGUGACGUGUGUAAUAAAAAAGCCGGCUUAGCUUUUUUGUAGCUACAUCCCUGCAUGUACAUGUAGGUGGGGGGCGGAAAAGCCCGCGUAAAUACUGAGCGAGUGCCCCCUGGGCAUCCCAUAAUACUCCUUAAAUCUAAUAAAUUCUAUAUGGCUGCAAUAUUGGUAAAAAGGUCUAUUUAUAGAGCACAUUUUGAUCACACGCAUUUGUACCUUCUGUCACCAACUUGUUAUCUGAUCAUGUACGUUUUGACCUUUUAUUAAGCGAAACUUACACAAAAAGCACCGGCAUUGGAGCAAGAGCGUUUUGACCUUCAAUCAGAAGCCUGAAACUCCCUUCACUCCGUAACCUUUGGUUAUUGCAAGUAGUAUUAAUAUUUUGAAAUGGUAGCUGGGAAUUAGCUGCUCCUAAGAUUCUAAGAAUGGGAUGAAAGGAGAACAGCAUCUUUUGCCCAGUUUUGACACUCAAUUUCCUUUAUUUUCGAGCCCCAAUUAUUCAUUAAAAUGAAACAAAGGAAACAAAGAAAAUUGAUAAUCAAACUAAGGUUAAAAUCAUUUUAACCUGAAUUUCAUUUUGACCAACAACACAUACUAUUCACAUUAGAGAAACAGUGCAACUAGAAAAGUUACAAGAAGGGGAAUUGUUUAACUUUCCCUCUAUGUUAUGGUGAUCUGGCCUAAAGUUUGCAGAUAAUGCAUGUCAUCACUGCUAAAACCUGUCCACUACAUGUAGGUGUAUUAAUAAUUAAUAAGAUGAAUUAUUCAUAUGCUUUCCUUAUGCUUGUAUGUAGUGGUUAUGCUGCUGAUGAUAUUACUCACUGUAUAAGACCUCAAGAUGUGAAGAAAAGAAGAGCUGUUAUUAUUGUGAGAAGGUAAGUCUGUAAGCUAACUACAGGUACUGUAAAGUUCUGGGUCGUUACUCUUGGAUUUAGCACCCUUCAGCUAUCGCUACUUUUGGAGGCUCGCUACUUUCAGGGGUCAUUACUUUUGGAUGACAAAAACGUGUACUCCACAUGGGCACUCAAAAAAAUGCAAAAAAUGUGAAAGGAAUACUUUUUGAAAAAAGGUAAUGUACAUCCUGUACCUCGAAUCAGUGUGACAUUGUUCAGGAUUUCUAUCAUAUCCAAUAUAUUUUGCAAAAAGGGAAGUUAGUUUUGAGGUCUCAACAUUCGGUGGGAUUGCUACUUUUGGGAUUUGCUAACACCUGUGACAUUUUAUCACUACUUUCAGAGGUUCGCUACUUUCGAGGGGUCGUUACUUUCGCAACUUUAUGGUAUGGAAACUAAAAAGCUAGACUAAAGCAGUGUUGAUCUAAUUUAGGAUGUUGCACAAAUAGACCAUUUCUAAGUUGCAAAAACUCUCACCUUAAAACUAUGCUGGGUGCGAAACCUUUCUUGUGAAAUGAGUUUUAUUAGCGUGAGAAAGAAAAAUUAUUUUCAUAUCAAUGGCUUUGCACUUAGCCUCGCUUUGAAACAGAGGCUUGGGGCAACUCAAAAAAUGGUCUAUCACUCAGGGUUCUUACACUUGUAAAACAUUUUCUGGUAAAAUUUCUUUGCCCCCAGAGUGCUGCCGGAUGCACCAAGGCUCGAACCAAUCAUUAGUGAAAAUGGUGGCCAGGAAAAGGAGGAUAGCAGUGAGAGAGAGAGUGAAGAUCCUGAUGAGGAAGAACCAUCCCCUGCCAAGAAGAAACGGGUCGUGUUAAAAAGAAGUACUAGACAGCCCAAUCAUGAAGUGAAAGAGCAACCAGUUCUACUCAAAUAG